ACAAUAACCAAGACCGCUUGAAUAUUCACAUUCUUUCCUUGUGCAAGGCUUUUAUGCGCAAAGAAAAAGAAAUGGCAGCUGGUCAUCUUCGUUCAAUCAGUUUACCCUCUAGAUCUCAUCCUCUAAUUUCAGGCAUUGAGGAGCAACUGCACAAGUUGAAGACAUCGGAAUCUUCAUUGAUCGGUUACAAACUGAGUGGCCUAAAAGAUUUGUACGAUUGCAUCGACGAUUUGCUUCAAUUGCCGCUUACUCAACAGACUCUCUCCCACGAGAAGCAAAGCCAGUGUGCGGAGGAGGCAUUAGACGGAUCCCUCAGGCUGUUGGAUAUGUGUGCUUCCACGAGAGGUUUUUUCUCGCAGAUGAAAGAAUCUGUGCAAGAACUUGAAUUAUCUCUUCGAAGAAGAAGAGCUGGAGACACUGGCUUAACAACUGAAGUUAAUGCAUACAUGGAAUCUAGAAAAAAAUUGAAUAAAGUGAUUUACAAGAAAUUAAGAAAUUUGAAGAGACAUGAAAAAGACUGCAGAUCAUCAAUCUCGUCUGAUAACUCCGAUUUGUCAAACAUGAUCAACAUGCUAAAAGGUGCUGAGGAGAGCAGUCUUGCAUUGUUCGAGUCCAUCUUAUCAUUCAUUUCUGAGCCAAAGGUGAAAUCAAAGCCAUCAGGCUGGUCGUUUGUGUCGAACAUAUUGCAAGCUAAGCGUGUCUCAAGUGAAGGCAAAGUAGAAGCCAACGAAGUAGAGAAGAUUGAUGCAGAAUUGAUCACCCUGAAGGCCAGCAAAGACAUCAAUUCAGCAGAAGUGCACAAUAUUCUGAAAGGACUAGAGGCAUUGGAAUCAAAUCUUCAAGAAACAGAGGAGGAGUUAGAGUGUGUAUACAGGCGACUGGUGAAAACCAGAGUUUCCCUUCUGAACGUUUUAAAUCACUAGUGGAGUUACUUCCGUUAACAACUCCACCACAAUUUUGUAUCAGAAAAUAUCAUUUCCAAAUUGUAUAUAUACAACAUACAAGUACAAACAAAGUCAGUAUAAAUAUACUUAAAUUCAAAAAAAAAAAAAGAAUUCUCAGUAUGCCAUCCACCUUUUUUUUAAUCUCAGUAUAUGCUGCAGAUCAGUAAAUUAUUGAUCAAAUUUAUAACAGUCCUGUACGUGGUGAUGAGAAUCCCUAUGCAUAUGAUAGAGGUCAACACCUUACAUUUCAAAAGGGUUUAAGUAAUUGAUCUCUGAUAUCAAUUUACUGUUUUAAAAUAUUGUCAUUGCAGUAAUAGAUGCUAACGCAUCAAGA